AAAACGGUCGGGUCAGUCGCAACUGAACCGCGAACGAAACAAGGCGCUCUUAAUUCUGCGUCCGUCUUUUUGAAACCGGAAGAUUACGUGUCGCACACAAGCACAACAUAAUAACACGGCCAGACCCACAACAAACAGUCAAAGUUCCUUUUCGUCCACGACGAAGUGCGAAGAAUCGAGCGUGUCUUGUUGUUAUUGCAGUCGUCAUCGUCGUCGUCGUCGUUGCCGUAGUCGUUAUUGUGUUGCCGUGCCGUCCCGCGAUCACAGAGCAGCAGCGGUGUGCAGAGGGCAGGCAGAGAAUAAAAGCAUUAUAAAAUUAGUCAGAGGAACCCCGAGAAGACAGCCAGAGGGCGGGCCGCGACAGCAGCGGCGAAACCUGUAUGAAGGGGGAACCGAAAGCAGAAAAUUGCUAUAUAAAACAAUCUUCUUGUGUGUUAAUGUGUUCUCCAUCGGGGCUUAGAAUUCUGGCUCGUAAACCGUUGCUCUAAGGCAGACCGUGUGUAUUUUUUGUGUUCCCUCUGUGUGCGCUUAUUUAUAAACGGAUAUCACUGUGCCCCACUUUGGGUAGAGGUAGACAGUGAGGACUGGGGAGCAAGUCCUGAAGCGAGAAGAUUGAGUUGAAUCGAAGCAAAAGCAAAUCAGUGGAAGAAGAAAUCCAACUGAAGAAUUCGAACAACAACCAUUAGUUUUGUGAGCAGGCAUCACUACAUAGGUUUCUCCGGCGAGGUUGGAUCAUAGAUCGCGAAGCAGCAGGAGAAAAAAGUGACGAAGCAACGAGUGAACUCGGUUUGGGGCCGCUGCUGAGUGAAUAAAAUGUUUUUUGUGAUCAGAUCGUAAAUGCUUAAGCGUGAAGAAGAGACGUGUGCUUCUCGGAAGGAAUGCUCUAAGUUACGAAGAAACCGACUGGCGACCCUCAAAAUUAUUGUUUGCUCUCAAGAGGUGCUUUGACUGCCGCCAAAACAACAGAAUAAGUGUCCGAAAAAACGGUCGAGAUGUGUGAAUAAGCCCGAUGAUUUCGGAUGUUUUAUGACGGGUGUGAAACUAGAACGGGCCGAACAAAUAUGUGCUUGAGAUGAACAGCUGAGCGCAUUGGGAUCAAACGACUGAAUAUGUCCCCCAGUGGAAUAGAGUGAAGAAAAAAAUGUCCGUUCGCGGGUGUGAACUGAACGUAAAUGAAACUUUCUGUUUGAAGUAGCUGCUGGCUGGAAAAUAAUUUGCGAUUCAAAUAGCUGGCAACUGACGGGCCAAACGGCGCGCGGUGCCAACACGAAAAACUCAUCAAUCUGGCUUCGGCACAGGGAAGCGGUGCAAUUUUCCUACUCUGCUUUACGCUUGUGCUUCUGCGGUGCUGCUCUUCUGCCACCGCCGGUCGCAACAACUUCCUUCGGCAUGAUGACGCCCUGCCGAAAGGAUGCACCUGGACUGGUGCGGUACUGGAAGUUUCGCAGGAGAAAAGAUCCGACGAGAUGCAGUGCAAAAUCAAAACCAUAACCAAGACCGAGAGUCUGCUAGCUAAUAUAAGUAGUUAUCAAAUUGAUAGGAUAAAAUCGCUAAAACUAGAAUGUAACGACAUCAUGUUCUUUGAAAGUUCCUUAGAAUCUACGACGACGCCCGGUAACUUCCUGGGAAAUCUCAAUGGCUUACUGAAGCUGUCGAUAGAGUUUUGCAAAAUUAAGUACAUCCCGGCGAUGGCAUUCUCGAACAUGAAAGUGCUCAAAAGCCUUACACUUAGCACGCACAACGUAGAUUGGUCUGUGAUGAAUCUGGAACUACAUCCGGACAGUUUCCGGGGACUGACUGAGCUCAAAGAAAUUCACCUGGCAGACAACAACAUCUGGAGCCUGCCAAAUGAAGUGUUUUGCCCUCUGUACACAUUGAAGGUGCUGAACCUAACCGGAAACAGAUUAAGUGAUAUUUCCCAGCUGGGACUCUCGGACUGGGGAAAGGGUCCAAUCGCCCCCGGAAAAGCUUGUAACACGGGUCUGGAAGUGUUGGACCUUUCCGGAAAUGACAUUACACUCAUGCCUGAUAAUGGUUUAUCAGCGCUGAGAUCGAUGAAUGCACUGUAUCUGCAGAACAACCUGUUGAAGGAAAUUGCCGACCGAGCCUUCGUUGGAUUGGGCACUUUGGAAAUUUUAAAUUUGUCCAACAACAAACUCACAGCUCUCACGCCGGAACUGUUUCAGUCGUCUCGAAAAAUUCGACAAGUCAACUUACAGAAUAAUUCACUCUCCGUACUAGCACCCGGAAUUUUCGAAGGUCUUGACCGACUGGAAACACUGGACCUUUCUCGGAACCAGCUAACAUCGACUUGGAUCAAGCGUGACACUUUUGCCGGACAAGUUCGUCUAGUUGUGCUCAACCUGGGCUAUAACCAUCUGACGAAAGUGGACCAGCACGUGUUUAAGGGCCUGUACAGUCUGCAGAUACUGAAUCUGGAGCACAACUCCAUCGAGCUCAUAGCCGAUGGUGCAUUUAGUGAUUUGAAAAAUUUGCAUGCCCUGUUUCUUUCGCAUAACCGAUUGCGUCAAAUAGAGCCAUACCACUUCAGUGAGCUGUACGUUUUGAAUCAGUUGAUACUGGAGUCGAACCAGAUUGCAUACAUUCAUGAGCGUGCCUUUGAAAAUCUGACACACUUGCAUGACCUCAGCCUGAACGAUAACCGGCUGGAAGAGAUUCCCUCUGGGAUGAAGAGCUUGAAGUUUCUACAAUCGCUGGAUCUGGGCAAAAACCAGAUAGUGGAAAUAAAUAAUUCCUCCUUCGAGGGGUUGGAAGAGCUGAUGGGACUGCGGCUAGUGGACAAUCAGAUAACGGAAAUUUCGAGGGACACGUUUUUUGCGCUAUCCACUAUUCAUGUGCUGAACCUGGCCAGCAAUCGGAUACGACACGUGGACCAGUCGGCUUUCAGCUCUAACCCAACGCUGAGGGCAAUCCGUUUGGAUAAUAACGAACUGGAGGACGUGGCCGGGGUUUUCACAUCGCUCACAUCGUUGGUCUAUCUCAACAUCUCGGACAACAACAUCGGCUGGUUCGAUUAUUCGCAUUACCCCCAGUCGCUGGAAUGGCUAGAUAUUCACAAGAACAACAUUUCCGAGCUGGGAAAUCGGUACGACGUGGGAAAUUGGUUCCAGCUGAAAAUGCUCGAUGUUUCGCACAACCGUAUAAAGCACAUCAAUACGAGCUCGAUUCCAAAAAAUAUCGAAAGCUUGCUGCUGAAUAACAAUCAAAUCGAAGAGAUUGCAUCAGAAACGUUCACAAACAAGGAGAACCUGGUCAAGGUGGUGCUGUACGGUAAUCACCUGCGCCGGCUGGAAAUGUCCUCGCUGGCCCUGACACUGGUUCCGGACACUCGAACCAUGCCGGAGUUUUAUAUCGGUGAUAAUUUAAUCCACUGUGACUGCAGCAUGGAGUGGUUGCAACGCAUCAACGAAUUGAGCUAUCUCCGGCAGUAUCCCCAGGUGAAGGACCUCGAUUCGGUGAUGUGUACGAUGGAGCACAAACGGGGAGAGCUGGUCCGACCGCUGAUGGAAAUGAAGGCCAGCGAGUUCCUAUGCAAAUACGAGAGUCAUUGUUUUGCGACGUGCCACUGUUGCGAUUUUGAUGCCUGCGACUGCAAGAUGACAUGCCCGGAUCGGUGCAACUGCUACCACGACACGGCAUGGGAAUCGAAUAUUGUCGAUUGUGGCAGUGCGGGCCUCACGGCGAUUCCGAACAAAAUUCCAAUGGAUGCCACCGACAUAUAUUUGGAUGGGAAUAAUUUUAGUCAGCUGGAAAGUCACGUUUUCAUUGGGAAGAAAAAACUGAAAUCAUUGUAUCUGAACCACAGCCGGAUCGAUGCGCUGAAUAAUAAAACUUUUGGCGGAAUUCCGGCUCUGAGUGUGCUACAUUUGGAGAAUAAUAGAUUGCGCCAUAUCGGCGGGGCCGAGUUUGAGUCGCUGCGGGAGCUGAAGGAGUUGUACUUGGAGGGAAAUGCCAUCAGUUCGAUCGGAAACAAAUCGUUCUAUUAUCAGAAAUCGCUAGAAGUGCUCACGAUUAGUGACAAUAAAAUCGGUGAUUUGAAGCCAUGGGAACUUUUGCCUUUGGGUGGUACGUUCCGGCUAAUCUCGCUAAGUGGCAAUAAACUGAACUGUGCUUGUGAGACGAUGGGUAAAAUGUUAGCCUGGGUUGAACAGCAGCUGAACGAAACCAGUGCGUUAAGUGAAUUUCAGUGUACGAAUAAUAAAUUACUAAAGGACGCUCUGAAGGAGUGUGAGAGCCACAAAAGUGCCCCGAUUGCGACACCGACCGUGCAGCGGACGAUUAUCGAUAAUGAUUUUAUAGACUACUUACCAUUGUUGAUUGCCGUGCUAGCCGGACUAGUGCUGACGAUUCUAAUAGUGGCGCUAGUGUUCAUCUUCCGUAACGAUUUCUGCCUCUGGGCGCACUCCCGUUACGGUGUACGUAUCUGCAAGGAUCCACUGAGCUCGAUGGAACGCUGCGAGGAUAAUGAGAAACUUUACGAUGGCUAUUUCAUCUACAGUGCCGCCGAUGCCGACAUGGUUUCUAGUCAAAUAACGCAAGAACUGGAGCACAACGGCUAUGCUCUCUGUCUGCACUAUCGGGACAUCCACUCGGCGGCAUUCCUCGCGGACUCACUUCAAAGUGCGGCCGAUGCCUCCCGCAAGUUAAUCCUUUUUAUAAGUGUUAAAUUUAUGCAACUUGAGUGGUCUCAGCCGGAGUUCCGUGCUGGACUUCAAGCUGUUCUCGAGCUGAUAAGACCAUCCCGGCGGAAGCAGAAGCUCAUCCUAAUCACAUCAGUGCCGCACUCGAUGCUUAGCAUGGACCCGAUAAUGGAUAUCCUCACGCGAACCUGCACCGUAAUCUCCUGGGACGAUCGGCGCUUCUGGGACAAGCUCCGUUUUGCCAUGCCGGACAUUGGCAAAAAUUCUCCUGUAAAUAAGGCACCCCACCGUAAAGCCAUCAACAUCCGGUACACACCGGCUCCGACAAAUCCGACGGCGCCAACGGCCACCUGGCCGAAACGUCUGAACUCAGAAGUAUGCGUACAGUACCCCCAGGCGGUUCCUCAUUCGCAAGCCCCUCCCCAUUCACCCAACCACAGUACUUACAACACCGAGGAUGAACAUUCGACCGCUUCCUCGCCCCAGUACGAAGCCCCAACGCUCCAUCACAACAGUGGCCCAGGCAGCGGCGGAGGAGGUCACGCAAUGAUUCCCUUCCCCCACUACCACCACCAUCAGCAGCAGCAGCAGCAGCACCCUACGCUGCCACAUCACAUUCCAUUGCAGCAGCAGCACCAACAGCAGCAUUCGCCGCACCUGCAGACUUUCCCCCACCACCUUCCGCAUCACCAUUCGAUGGUCGGGGGAACUCCCGUUGGGUUCUACCGCAGCACUACUUCUGGCGGCGGGGGCAAGUCGGCCAACAACACGAUGGGCCACGUUUACUCCACGAUACCCGAGUCGCAGUACAAUACGCAUCACUCCAAUCGCAGCGAUAGCAAUCGACCGUACUUUGUGUAAUAUUUACUCUACUUUUAGCUCGUUAUUUCAAAUUCUAUUGCUCUCGCCUGCCAUUAUUUCCAUCGACGACUCAAACGACGACGAAAAAGAAAAAGCAGAAGAAAAAAACAACCCAUAAACUCAGUCAUUUUUGUGUAUUAUACUACUCAAUUCUCGUACUCGCUUCUAGAAGGCAUCUCUCAUGUUGAAAAAUAUGAUGAACAAAAAAUGUGUAUAAAAUUGUUUACUACUUGUAGGUUAGGAACGAAAAUAAAACGGAAAAAUUCAAACAACCA